AUUUUUUUUUAACCUUGUUAUUGUUUACCACCACUGUGGAGGAAAAUCGCCAAAACAUUGAUUUUUACAGGGUAAAUAAUAAUCCGGCAAAUAAUUAAAUUCAAUUAAAUCGAUCGUUGAAUAGUGUUAAUCGAUAAUAUAACUGAGAAAAAUGAGUAGCGAAUCGGAAACGAUCGAAACGAAUGAAAAUCCGGAGAGUUGUUCUGAAGAAAAAAUGGACAGUGGCGAAGAAUCUGAAUCGAACAAUUCAGAGGCCGAAGAAGAAGAGGACGAUGAUAGCGAGGAUGAUGUUUCCUAUAUAAAAACACGCAGAGGAAUAAUACAAAUGAAUAAGGAAGGCAAAAAACCAGACAGAUUAAAUGGGGAAUAUUCGUAUCAAAACAAAAUUAAACAGAGGGUCAUUGGACAACCGUGCCUCGAAUGCAAAAUGGAAUGCGAACGCCGAAUUGCAGAAAGAUUCCGUCAAGAUAAUUACUUAGUUUUCUGGGGCAAACUGAAAACGUGGGAAGAAAGAAGAUCACAUGUGAGACGCCUAAUACAAGUAUUACGUGUGCCCCAUCCCAAAAACAAAACCAGGAAAAAAUUCCUGCGCAAAUACUAUCUAGAAAUGGAAGACGGUUUCACUCUGGUGUGCAAAACAAUGUUUUUCAACACGCUGGCAAUCAGUGCCAAGUUUAUAGAAACAACUUUGCAAAAGUACCCAGAUAAUGUGCUAGAAGAGAGCACAAUGAAACUGGUCAAUUGUCCAAGCAUCGUUACAAAAAGCUUGGAUAACUCUAGCAAAGCAAAUAGGCAUUUGCAAGAAGUGAAAGAGGAAAAAGUGAAUCAAAUUGUCAAAUUUGAGGAUCUUCCUUUGGAAGGCCAACUGCUGGAUAUACAAAACAAAGAAGACAUUAAGCCUGCUUGUAAUAAUUGUCAAGAACAAUGUACAGUAAAAAUAUCAGAAGAAAAUAGGCUGAAGUUAUAUGAACAUUUUUGGACAAACUUACAAUCAUGGGAAGAGAGGAAAUUGUUUAUUAUAAACACAGUCGAAAGAGAUAGAUACACUUCUGUUAGAACUUUUGUGUUACCAAUGAAGGACGAUGGACAAGUAACUGUUUGUCAGGACAUGUAUAUGAACACAUUGGCCUUAUCAGACAAAACCCUAGAUCUGUUAAUACCAAAAACAGAAACAAUAGCAAAAGUAAUAAAGAAAAAGCCAACGACUGAUUAUCCAGAUUUAGCCCAGCUUCAAAAACACAAUAACAUAACCAUAAUACAAAAAUCCAAAGAUUUAACCAAAGAAUGCACCAUUACAGCCACGCCGCCGCCAAUAAAACGCAGAAAACUAGAAUUUACCCCAUUAAAACCCCCAUGUGCUUGUGUCCUACAAUGUAAACUGAAACUAACUGAAGACAUCCGCGAACAAAUUCACAAGGAGUUCUGGAAUUUACCAGCUCAAGUCGAUCAAAAACACUUCAUUUUAUCCACCUUGCAAGUGCAACUUGAAAAAAACAAAAUCACAAAAGAAAAAGUAAAUCAAAUCAAAUCAUACACCUUACCAUUUCAUUAUGAUUGUGUAACAGUGUGCAAAGAAAUGUAUUUGCAAACUCUAACAGUAUCAGAAGACUUUAUUUUGAGUACAAUCAAUAAUAUAAAUCAGGAUGGAAGUAUUCGAGAAGACGACGAACAAAUGGAAACGCAAAAUACUCAACCCCGUAGAAAAUACGUAAUGAAAAAUAGAAAUAAUAAAACACUGGAACCUAAAAGUGGCGAACAAAUAAAAGUAGAAGAAAUAGUUAAACCCGAGAGAAAAACGAGAACGAACAAAAAAAUGGGGCCCCCGUGCCCUGACUCUUGCAGGCACCAUUGCAGUGGCAAAAUAACUGAAGAAGAGAGGACAAAUUUGCAUUCCAACUUUUGGAUCAACAUGGACUGGCAGGGACGCAAACAGUUUGUCAUGAACACGGUGAAAGAAUUUCCAAUUAAAAACAGGUCGACGCCGCCUGGUAAGCUGACAAAGAGGAACUUUAGCAGAAUUUACACUUUGCCGCUUCAAGGAAAAAACCUCACUGUUUGUCAGAAAAUGUAUUUUAAUACGCUUUCCAUUUGUAGCAAGUUUGUGUCGACUGUUCAUAUUUGGGCGUCUCAGGUUAAGUGGUAAGAAUAUUUAAUGUUUAUUUUAGUUAUUAUUGUAAGUAUAAAUUUAAUGUUUUUUAAUUUUUUGGGCUAUAUUUUUGUAUUGUAGUAAGUAGGUAUAGCUUAAAGAAAAAUUCUGAUUUUUUUUUAUGUAGACUGUCUUUUUUUUUAGGUAGAUAUAAGGUUUCUUUUUUAAUUCUUUAUACUGUUAUAUGUUCUGGAAAUUGAAUAAAGUUUAUAAAAAGUUUUUUAGAGCAAACUAACUCGGAGCUACUUUGCACAAACAAAGAAUUGUUCACUUUUCUUAUGACCUUGUUUUGCAUUUUGGCAUUUCAGAAUCCUUUGAACAUUAUUUUUUCUAGUGUUUAUCUGGUUAAUUUAAAAAAACAAAUUCUCGAGCAAACUUGUAUGUGAAAGUAGCUCUAAGAGAAAAGCAAAAUCAACAAAUUCCAAUCGAUAUUAAUUAAUGGUUAUUUAGGUUGGGACAUGUAAAACUAUAGUGAAACAUAAUUAUUGAAUUUGAAGUAAGUUAAAUGAAAAAUAAUAAAUUUAAUAAAGUGUUUUGAGAGGGACUAUUAUAGAAGAUUUAGUUUAUAUACAAUUAUUUUCGAAUAGAGAUUUAGUUAUUUAGUUAGUAAAUAAAUAAUUACGAUACCAACCUGUACUGUAUACAGAACAAGAACAAACUGCCAUGUAUAAAAUACCUAAAUUAUUCUAUUUUUGCUUUUGAACUCAUCAUUAUUUUUUUUAUAUACUCAAUUACAUUACCGAUCAAAAUGUCGUAACAAUACUACUAUACAUUAUAUACACACCACAUAAUUAUAUAAUGCUAGUUUUAUAGCAAAUAGUUUUAUAUUUUAACACCAUUAUUAUUAAAUACCAACAGUGUAAUCUGAAAUAUACAGUGUCACAAAUAAAAUCUUCCAA